AUGGGAAAAAAGGUUAAAAUCGGAAAACAGCGUCGCGAUAAGUAUUACAAGCUUGCCAAGGAAGCUGGUUCGUUUUCCACCCCUAAAAUUCCCCAAAAAACGAUAAUUCCACAGGAUACCGAUCGCGUGCCGCUUUCAAAUUGGUCCAGCUCAACAAACGCUUCGAAUUCCUUCAAAAAUCGCGAGCCACUGUGGAUUUGUGCGCGGCGCCGGGAGGAUGGAUGCAGGUGGCCUCGCAAAACAUGCCCGUCUCCUCGUUGAUCGUCGGAGUCGAUCUGGCGCCAAUCAAACCGAUCAAGAACUGCAUCGCCCUGCAGGGAGACAUCACCACCAACGAGACGCGCGUCGCCAUCAAAAAAGAGCUCAAAACCUGGAGUGUAGGCGAUUUUCCCUCAAUUUGUUUUUUGAAAUGAUCGAUUAUUCAGGCCGACUGUGUGCUGCACGACGGUGCGCCGAACGUGGGUCUCAACUGGGUGCACGACGCGUUUCAACAGAAUUGUCUCACACUUUCCGCCCUGAAAUUGGCGACUCAAAUCCUGAGAAAAGGCGGUACUUUUGUGACGAAAGUGUUCCGAUCCAAUGACUAUUCCUGUCUGAUUCGUGUUUUCGAGAAGCUUUUCAAACGCGUUCACGUCUGGAAACCGGCCGCCUCUCGUUUGGAAUCCGCCGAGAUCUUCGUCGUCUGCGAAGUCUAUCAGAAGCCCGACAAAGUCGGCGCCGAGUAUUUGGACCCAAAAAAGGUGUUCGCGAACCCGGACGGCUCGGAGGGCACCAAACCGAACCCGCAGAACUUGCUGAUCGGAAAACAGAAAAAGGCAAAGGCCGAAGGAUACGACACCGAUUCGCUGGCGAUUUACUCGACGGUCAAAGCCACCGACUUCAUCAAAUCCCCGGCUUAUCUCGAUAUUCUCGGCUCUGCGAACGUCAUCAUUUUGGACGAGGAAAAGUGGAAAACGCACGAGAAAACGACGGAAGAAGUGGAAGAAUACAUGAAAGAUGUGAAAGUCUGCGGCCCGCGUGAGCUGAGAGUGCUCCUCCGUUGGCGAAAGUCGAUGAUCGAGAUGCUGGACGCGGAGAAGAAGGCGGCGGAAGGAGAAGCCGAGGAGGUGGAGAUUGAAGAAGAACUGACCGAGGACCAGAUCGAGGACAGAGCCAUGGCGGAGAUCGACGAGCUCAUCGCGAAGGCCUCCGAGGACGAGAUCUCGGCGUUGAAGAAAAAGAAGAAGAAGAUGCUCAAGGCGAAAGCCCGCGUGCUCAAAAGAAGAGAGCUCAAGAUGAUUAUCGAUGGAGACGAGGGUCCGAGGGCCGAGGAUCAAGAGGUUUUCCAGCUGAGCAAGAUCCGAAAGGCCAGAGAGCUCGCGGAGAUCACGAAAGAUCAGCAGGCGCCGAACCACACGCUGGACGACGAUGAGGACGAAGGGCUGGGUGAUGGUGAAUGGGAAACGAUCGAGGGAGAAGAGGAUCAGCGCGACGACUCGGACGAGGAGGAGAACGGGUUGCUGCACACUGUGAACAGCGGAAAGAGCAAGGCGGAGAAGAAGAACGCGCGCACGGAGAGCUGGUUCGACAAGGAGGAAAUCGCGGGGCUCAUCUCGGAUGAGGACGACGACGACGAGAUGACGGCGGUCGAGAAGCAUCUGGGCAAGCAGAAAAAGAAGGACAAGUACAAGGGGACGGUGUCGUUCGAGGUGGAAAAGAAGCGGAAGAAGAAGACGGACGACGAUGACGACGGAUUCAACACGAAGGACGGAGAGGAAGAGGAACAGGAAGAAGUGGAGGAGGAUGAGGGGAUGGACGAGGCGGCGAAGAAGAAGAUGAGCAGAUUCGACGCGCAGAUCGAUUUGGACGACGACGAGGAGGAGCGCUACGUGGACGAGGGGAGCCGCGCGACGAAGCGCAAGGCUGACAAGCAGAUCGUCGGCGAGGACCUGAAGACGGUGGCCAAGAAGCGACGGCUCACGCCGGAACAGCUGGCUAUCGGCGAACAGAUGAUCUACUCGAGUAGAGCGGCCCGCGAGCUCGAGGACAACGCGUGGAAUCGGUACGCGAACAACGACGAGGAGCUGCCCGACUGGUUUGUGGACGACGAGAAGAAGCACUACUUCAAGCAGACGCCCGUCACAAAGGAGCAGGUCGCUUUGUACCGGGAGCGGAUGCGCGAGUUCAACGCCCGGCCCACGAAGAAGGUCGCCGAGGCCAGGGCUCGCAAGCAGAGAAAGUAAGCCGCGGGGAAUUUUGAGCCUUUUAGAGCUCUGAAACACAUUUUUCGACCCACUUGCAAUUGUCUGUUGUUCAGUCUUGAUUUGAAAAAUCUGUCUUGAAAGUUUCACCCCGUUUGGAUCAUGAGGGCUGAAAAAAAUGGACUAUUUCUGGGGUUUUUUUUAGACUUCUAGGUCCUCGGGGCUCCAAGAACCUCGUAGUCCCCGUCUGUAAUCACACAAUUUUCAGAAUGCAACGAAAGUUGACGACGGCGAAGAAGAAGGCGGAGGGAAUUCUGGAGAACGAUAUGAUGGAGCACUCGGAGAAGGUGCGCGAGAUGAAGAAGGUGUACGCGGUGGCGACGCGAAAGGAAAAGAAGAAGGUGGAAUUGGUGCGGAUGACGAAGGGCAAGAAGGGAAAGAGCGCCCGCCCGAACGGACCCUACAAACUCGUCGACAGGUUUGUCAUUCCUUUUUGAGUUAAAUUUUAUAUAAUUGUGAAUUUUCAGUCGAAUGAAGAAGGAUUUGCGCGCGGCGAAGCAGAAGGAGAAGACGAAGGGACGCGGAAAGAAGACGGCGGGACGCGGAGGCCGUGGCGGGCGUGGCGGACGUCGAUAA